AAUCUAAAUUUAGGUACAAAGUGAUAAUUUUGUUUUUAGUCAGUUAACAAACACGUCAUGAUCUUUCAGUAGUUUUUCAUUUUUGAACUAAAGGGGGCCAAAAAAUAGUUUUUAGUAAAAAUGCCGGUUAGUAGGCUUGAUGUUAUUUACAGAAAAAUACUUUUAACGAAGUUUUUCACUAAGGGAUGGGGCAAUCCUGAAAAUUUAAUUGAAUUGUUUAACUUUCGUAAACUCGUCUCUAAUCGCAAUGCCUGUUAUGAAUUGUUGCCAAAAGACUACCCCGUAGAAAUAAUCAACGCGCAGAGAUUCAGCGAGUUCCAGAUACUCGAGGGUAGAUUAUGGACCCCCUUUCGCAUGUUUCUACCGUCGUUGCUUGUUCCGGAAAUCCAGCAAGUUUAUUUUCAAAUGAUCUUGCCCUUAAAAUGGCCCUCAAAAGAUUACAGACCUUUGUGUAUCCAUCUCGCGGGGACCGGCGAUCAUUAUUUUUGGCGCCGCCGGAAUUUCAUGGCAAAGCCGCUGUUACAAGCCGGGAUUGGUUCAUUGAUUCUAGAAAACCCUUAUUAUGGUACUAGAAAACCCCAAGAUCAGCUUCGUUCAAGUCUCCACUACGUCUCUGAUAUUUUUGUAAUGGGCGGAUGUUUGAUUUUGGAGACGCUCGCGCUUUUGAAUUGGUGCGAACGGAUCGGUUUUGGCCCCUUGGGGGUUUCAGGGAUUUCUAUGGGAGGACAUAUGGCUUCCUUGGCGGCUUCUAAUUGGCCAAAACCUUUAGUGCUUGUACCUUGCUUGUCAUGGUCGACUGCCUCCUCGGUUUUUACAGAGGGAGUUAUGAGUGAAUCUAUUGAUUGGGACAUGCUGCAAAAGCAAUUGUUUUCAAACAAAAUUUACUGUGAUACUUUAUCAAAGUCGUGUAAAAUUGUUGAUAGUCCGUUUGCAUGCACCUUAAGUAGAAUCCCAGGUUUGUCUCUUCAAAAACUGACUGAAGUUUGCCAAUGCGGUAUUGCAGAGUAUGGGUUGACGUCCUUGUUGAAACAAAAAUGUGAUGUUGGAUACAUUUCUCCAUACGAAAUGAUGAAUCUGUUGGAUUCAACGAAUUGUCCUGCCAUUUCUUACAAACAUUCUAGUCAAAAUGUUAAAGUAGAGUCUGGUGAAUACUCUGUUUUAAAUUUGCCGAUUUUUAACUUUAGUCGCGAGAUAACCGACAUGAGGAAACGUGAUAAAGAAGCGAUUUGGUUUAUGAGAGGGAUGAUGGAUGAGUUUACACAUUUGAAAAAUUUCUCAGUGCCCUAUGAGCCGUCUCUUAUCAUAGCCGUUUGUGCUGAAUCUGACGGAUAUGUUCCUCGAGUCGGUAUUUCGAAACUGGAUGAAAUUUGGCCAGGAGCCACUAUUAAGUAUGUCGAUACCGGACAUGUAGGGGCCUACAUUUGGCAUAGAAAAUUAUUUAGGUUUGUAUCACACGAACACAACAUAAAUACCUUGAACUAUUUUUUUUCCGCGCGUGUUAGUCUGUGUCUUUGCUCUUUGAUCAAUAAAUAAAACGAGAAGUCUAGUCUAGCCCUUGUAUGGAGGUCACUGACUCAGACGGAUUUUCAAACAAGAAAUCAAGUUCAAGGUCCGCAGACUAACGCAUGCUCAAGGCACAUCAUUGCCAUAAGAUGAUUGUUUAUUCGUUUUUUCAGGAACUGCAUUAUUGAAGCUUUCGAAAAAGCCAAAAAGAUAGUUCCGCCGCCGGGGCCCUAUUUUGAAAAUUAGUUCGUAUCGUUCAUGUUGUUUUCGUUCGUUGUAUUGAUUUUUUUAAGAGUUUAACUUUGUACCUGACUGAGGUAUUGUGAUAAUUUUGCUAAAAUAAAAAUUUGUUCACUGAA